GUUAGGACGAUAAGGAAAGAACCACAGAUGGCUUGUAUGAUGCUGAUCAGCAGCAACACAACCUCCAGGACAUGGACACCGCCAAUGCAGCACAUCCGGCAGCGACCUGCUGUUAUUUAGCUUUAAAACACAUGGGUCUGUUCUCUGCGCUGUCGUGAAGUGAAAGGUGAUCUUGUCGAUCGAGAUGAUUUUUUGACAUCCUCAAGUCAUUCGAGGAAGGAACAAAGUCGGAGUGUUGCAAUGAAACAGAGUAAAACAUACGGCUAUUGGUUACUCAGAGAUUUUGAGCGGUUUGGUUGUUUUGGUCAAAAGGGGCUGAGUCACGUUACUUCCUGGUUUAAGGGCUGGAGUGACUGCGUGGCUGAAAGAGAGAGCGAGAAAAAAACCCGCUGACACGUGGAUUAUCAGUAACCAGGAAAAGCGAGAGUAACGCUUUGGACAUCUCAGGGGGCAAAACGAAAUUAGCCCAAGUGUGUGUGUGUGUGUGUGUGUGUGUUUCUAUUUUUUUUUUUUUGCGGUUCACGACUCAAGAGGCUGAUCAACCCUUUAGAGAUGAUGUUCCUGCGAUCUAAGAGGGAGACUACUUUAACGCCUUUUUGUCUUGUCGCACCGACCAACUAAAUUCGGCAAGACCUCAAGGAGGAAAAGGGACGUCCAGAAGAAAGCGAAGCGAACUUCUUGUUGAAUGGCAAUUCUACAAAAACAUGGCAAGAACUCCAGUCCAGACCUGGCCGGUGAUAAAGACAGUGCGGUGGACAAUUUCGAAGGAGUUGUACAUCAGAAAAAGUGGACCGAGUCAAAUCAGAACUGGUCCAGGCCGGUAGCGCGGAUAUGGACGGCGGUGCUGCUGUUGGGGACGUGUCUGCUGUACUGCGCUCGUGUAGCCAUGCCUAUCUGCUCCGUGAGCAUGGCAGAGCGCUUUGGCUGGUCCAAGAGGGAGUCAGGCAUGGUGCUUGGCAGCUUCUUCUGGGGCUACUGCUUCACUCAGGUCCUCGGAGGCUACAUCAGUGACAGGGUGGGAGGAGAAAAAGUGAUGUUGCUGUCUGCUACAGCAUGGGGAGCCAUGACAGCAUUUACGCCCAUCCUGGCCCACUUCUGCUCCCAGCCUAUCGUCUCCAUGACCGUGUCCCGCUUCCUCAUGGGCCUCCUGCAGGGUGUUCACUACCCGUCUUUGGCUAGUCUGUGCUCCCAGAAAGUGGUGGAAAGCGAGCGCGGUUUCCUCAUGAGCACUGUAGGGAGUGGCUCGUAUUUGGGGACUUUGGUGAUUGGAGGAGUAGGCUCACUCACGCUGGACCUGUAUGGCUGGGAGAGUGUGUUCUACAUCUCAGGCCUUCUGUCAUUGCUUUGGGCUUACUGUAUGUGGAAAUACCUGCUCAAAGGAGAAGGCCCCAUCAUUACACUGGAAUCACUGGGCAGCGCUGGAACUCAGUCCAAACUGUCCAGACGGAACUGGCUGCGUCUCUUCAGGCAACCAGCUGUGUGUGCGGUCAUUAUUACACACCUGUGCACUGCUAGCACCUUCUUCACCCUGUUGUCAUGGCUGCCAACUUUUUUCAAGGACACCUUUCCAAAUUCCAAGGGUUGGAUAUUUAAUGUGAUCCCGUGGCUUGUGGCUAUUCCCUCCUCACUAUUCAGUGGCUGCUUGUCUGAUCACCUCAUCAGUCAGGGGUUUGAUAUUGCUUCAGUGAGAAAGUUGAUGCAGUUCUUUUCCAUGGGUGUAUCCAGUGUGUUCACACUGUUUCUGUGUGGCACCACUACCUUCCCCAUGGCUGUGGCCUUUGUGUCUGCUACUAUGGGCCUGACCACCUUCAGUCACAGCGGCGUAUCCGUUAAUGUUCAGGAUCUUGCCCCAUCAUGUGCUGGUGCUCUUUUUGGUGUGAUGAACACUUGCGGUGCAUUUUCAGGAGUGAUCAUGGUGUAUCUCUCGGGCUAUCUAAUCGAGACCACAGGGUCAUGGGCGUCGGUUUUCGCCCUCAUCACCGUAGUGAACCUUUUAGGUUUAGGAAUGUUCCUGGCCUAUGCCGAGGCACGCAGGGUCGACAUCGAAGCCAUGAAGGGGCGCUAUCACAACAUACACAUCUGAGCAAGCAGAACCUGAACAAUACUGAUUGUUUUGAUGGAUGGGUUCUGCAGACUGAGAAACUACAUACUUUGCGGGGACAAUCUGCACUAUCAUUUCCAUUCCUCCCAGCAGGCCUUUGGUGAAUUCUGGCAGCACUGGCCUUCAAUGUUGAGAAGCCAGAAAACACCAGUAUUUCAGUAUUAGCUUUUUUUUCUCGAGUGUCUCGCAGUUAUAAGAGGACAAGUUACUGAAACCAUGAAGAUUGUUGGCUAAACUGUAGUCUAUUAUAAAGUAAAAUGCUAUACAACGAUUGAAAAUCUAAUAUAACGAGUGCACAUGAUCAGUAUAAAGUUGUGUAGUCACUGACUUCUGUUCCUUUCAUCAUUCGUUGUGUAAUUGUUGUUGAGCAGGUUGGCUUGACAAAUCUUAGGCCUUAUCUCAUUGUGAUAAUUAUUGUGGUUUCCCCUUUCGUGUUUUCCAUUGCUUUCCGUUCGCUUUCGAUUCAUUUCAUAAAGAGGCCAAAGACAAUCUUGAGAAUUUGUAAAAUGUAUAUUAUGAAUAUUGGAUGAAACCCUUAAUCAUUCCCAUGUUUUAACAUUCCAUGAUGUACAUCUCCUGCUUUAUUAUGUUGGUUUUUUUCCCAUCAAGUACCAAAGCUUUUACAAGCUGCUUCUGUGAGGUAGUUGAUGUAUAAGUUGAGCACUUAAUGAUGAGGGUUGAUGUUUCUAGGGGAGAAAAUGGGGGCGGUUCUACUUAGUCUUACAGCACAGGGUGGAUAGAGAGAGGGACAGGUUCUUCUAUUAGGAUAGAAAGAGAGGUUACAGUUUACAGGUUAAUUUAAAAGAAUGUUAAGAUUUCCGUUUUCUUUUUUCUUAUUGUUUACAGUCAUUUAAAUUUUGCAAGAAUUCAGCAGAUUUUGUCAUUCAAAGAGUAGGCAAAGAAAAAAUGAAGUGCAGAGCUGAGCACUUUGGCAGUGAAGUGUCUUGGCCAAGUGGUCCAACUGUGUUUCAGUGGAACUCUAGGAAUGAGAAACUCUCAAACUUUUGGCCACUAGUACAUACCCACCACUUAAUAUUGGUAAAUGUGCAUUUGUUUAUGGGUUGGAAAGAAAGUGUGUAUGGAUCGCAUUGAUUUGAAACUUCUUAUUGUGAGAACUGUGAAUGUAACUUUCCUUUAGUGAUGAAAAAAUGGUUUAGAAUACGUAUAUUUUGUAUUCUGAUCAAAUGUAUUUAUUAUUGUGGUUAGCAGCAGAUCUUUAAACGUAUCCUGCAAAUCAUGAAUUCAUGUAAAUCAUGAAUUAUCAGGUGAAUUGCUUUUUUGGAUACGUCAACCCGUUUUAAUUAAGAUUAAAUUUGACUUGUAUACAAAAGUUAUAAUUAUUUAAGUGAUUUAAUAGGACAUGCUGAAUAAGCUAGUGUAUAGAGGCUUUAUUGCUACUUCACACCUUAUAAAGAAACAGCUUCAAGCGAAACAUUUUUACAAUAUUGUUUAUUGCAGCGAAGAUUGCGCACAAAUACGUUAAUUGUAUUCACAAAGGAUUUCACAUGCAGUUUUUUGUUCUUUUUCAAAAUAGUAAUAUACGCCUGCAAUUUUGUUCAGCUGAAUUUCCAAAACCUACGUGCAGUGUAACUAUUUCUGUCUUUGCCAAAUUAUUUGUCAUGUCUUGUACUGCGCUUUUGUUACUGCUUAUAUUAAAUAUUGUCCUUAUACUUGGGAGUCCAAAAUAAUGACCCACCAUUUGCCUGUAAAAUGUAGUUUAUCACACAUUUAAUUCAUGUCCAUAUUGUGAGAAGAUUUGAAUCCGCAUUGUGUAACGCAUCGUCAUCCUGGCCGAUCAAAUGCAGUUUUCUGAAACUGAAAAUGUUGAGAUUAUCUUUGAACAUACAUAUACAAACACACAUAUAUAUAUAUAUAUAUAUAUAUAUAUAUAUAUAUAUGAAAUAAAGAAAUGUAGAAAUGCAAUAUUCUCCUGCUUUAGAGAACAUGCUGUUUGUAAACCCUUUCGAAAAAUAAAACUCUAUUUUAUCAAA